AUGUCCGAAGCAGAGCCCCGCCGUUCGGUGCGGAGCACCAAGGGCCAGCACAAGGCUCUUGAUGCCCUCGACACACCUCUCGAGCCCAAGCGCCGUGGCAAGAAGUCAUCCAAGAAGCAGUCUGAGCCGGAGCCCGAGACCGAGGAGGACGAACUGAUCCGCUGCGUCUGCGGCGCCACCAGCCAGGACGGUUACGCUGAAGACGAGCCCUGGAUUGGUUGCGAAGGCUGCGGCGUCUGGCAGCACAAUGUCUGCGUGGGCAUGAGCAUAUUUGGAGAGGACUUGGAGGACGUCACAUAUUACUGCGAGCAGUGCAAGCCAGAGGACCACAAAGACCUCGUCGAGGCCAUCGCCAGGGGCGAGAGACCUUGGGACGAGAAGCGGCGCCAAUACGAGGAGGAGAAGGCAGCCGAGGAGGACGAGAAGAAGAAGAAAAAGGGCGCGAAGAAGGGCAAGAAGCGCCAGAGUGAGCUGUCUCAGGACGACCCCAGGUCCUCCCAGAAGUCUGCCAUGUCUUCUGCCUCACCGGCCCCAGAGAAGAAGGCCUCCGGUGCAAAGACGGCAGCUGGCAAGCGCAAGGAGCGCCACGACUCGGCUGACACCACAACCACAAAGGAACCGUCGAAGCUGCGCAAGGUCUCCGAGAGCGAGUCCGUGCCUGUUGCUGCCGACUACGAGCCACCGAGCGACCUGCCAAACACCAUUCCUGAGCUUCCCAGCGGCCGCCAAGGGUCUUCAAAGCUGCUUCAGAAGGGUCUCGCGCAUGCCAUCAAUGUCUACGAGAAAGAGGGCGGGUACAAUCCUGCAGAUGGCGUCUCGAACGAGUCACGGGCGGAACGUCUUUCCAUUGCCAUUGAGAGGGCCGUCCAUGAUUCGCACCCCAAUGUCCAGGAGUACGCGAAACAGUGCCGGACCUUGUCCGCCAACCUCAAGAGCAACCCGGAGCUGAUUGUCAGGCUGCUCAAUCACACGCUGACUCCGCCGAUGCUGGCUGUGAUGACAUCCGACCAGCUCGCCUCGGAGAAACAACAGCAAGAGACCGCUGCGGCUAGGGAACGCAGCAUGCGUCAGUCCAUCAUCGCCACGGAGGAAACGCAAACCGGGCCAAGGUACAGGCGCACGCACAAGGGCGAGGAACUAAUCGAGGGAGAUGGCUUUGCAGUCCCCAGCGAGACACCAUCCUUCCCGCAACGCCAGAUCAACCGCGAGUCUUCAGGUCAGGCCUCCAAGGCCGGUGCCCCGGCCCGAGCUGGUGGUUCAGCGUCUCAUGCUCGCACGCCAUCCGGGGAGCCUAUGAGAAUCGACACCCAGCACUCGCCCUCCAAUCCGGACUUCGAUAUCAACAAGGUCUUCUCCAGCGUCAAGUCCCCAACGGGCUCGCAGCGGCGCCGGCCGUCAGCUCCUGCUCCCGCUCCCUCGCAGGGUCCUGUGGACGACCCAGAUGUUGAUCGACUGCUUCAAGACGACGGUAAUGAGUCGCCUCCUUACUCGCCGACCGAAGAGACCGACCCAGAUGUCGUCUGGCGUGGCAAGGUCCAAAUGACAAAUAUAGCGAAUUUUCAGGCCAAGGCCAAACACGUCGGUGGAGCAGACCUUGCGAAGACACUGGGCAUCUCCUGGAAAACCCUGGUCCCUCAGGAGCUCGUCAUUGGUGGCCGCCUGUCGGUGGCCACCGCGACCGAGUACCUCUGUGGCAUGCGAUGGAGCCCUAGCGUGGACGUUGUCGUCGCCAGCUUGACAGCAGCAUACGAUGAUGGCAAAAAAGACUUUGACAGGAUCUACGAGUACUUCGACACCAGACAGAAAAUUGCCGUGGUGGGCGACAAGUCUCUUGCAAACGUCAAGGACACGUACCUGAUCCCUGUGCCGGCUGGUACCGGUAACCACCCUGAGUUUAUCCUGAAUCUCGAGGACAACUACCUGCCGCAGACUCGGGACGAGAACAUGCUACUCCUGGUGAUUGUCUUCCGCAAUGACAACUCGACCAUGACCAAACUCCAUGGCUCUGAGUGGAACAACAAGGCGGUUGCCUCGCCUUCAGCACAAGCCAGCGCAACACCUACGCCUGCUCCGCAGAACUUUGCCCAUCGCAGCGCGUCGCUGUCAGGCCCGAGCUUCUCCCCGACGACGCCCCAUGUCGGCUCCGGUGGCUUCCCGCCGCCGCAACAGCCGCAACAACCUCAGCCUCCGCCAAACAGGCCAUUGACACAAGAGGAGCUCCAGCAACAGGGCGAGGCCGUGGCUCGAGACAUCCUCGGCGAGCACAUAUCUUGCUCGACAGUGGCUUUCAUCCUGCCUCAGGCCCACGCAAUGCAGGCAAGCGAAUGGCACAUAGUGCGUUCCAUUCUCGACAGGGAGCCGCAAGCGCGUGACAACCUCAAGUACCUUGGGGAGCUCAUCGAGAAGGAGGGCCAGGCGAAGCAGCAGCAGCAGCAACAGCAAGCGACCCCUCAUCCUCCUCCUCCUCCUCCUCCUCAGGCCAACCCGCCAGCACCAUUCCCGCAGCCAGCGCAGGCAGCGCAACCGGCACUUCCUCACCCUCCUCCACAGCAGGCUUAUGUCCCACCACAGGGAGCCGCGGCGCCGGUGGCCCCAAGCGCGUCGCCGAAAGCGCCCCAGUCUGCCUCGCCCCCUAGCACUACAAGACAAACUCCCAUAUCCUUGCCGUCUAUCCCGGGCAUGCCUGCGUCUGUCCACCAGUCUUACCAGGCUGCGCAGGCACAGGCCCGUGGACGGGUCACGGAGUAG